UGGAGCAGUUGCGAGUUUAGCGCCGCGCCGGAGUGCGAGGACAACGACCCACCCAGCGGGGCGGGAGCCGGGAGCUUCCCUGUCGGCGCGCGGCUCGAGGGCGCCCGCCGGCAGCUCCUUCCCUCGGCCUCGGCGCGCCGGAGGGGCGGCGGGAUGCUGCGCCUGUGAUUGCCGGCCCGCGCCCCUGUCACCCCGAGUGGAACCGAGUGCUCGCCCCCACCUCCAAGAGGAGACGGCCCCGGACGGUCCACCUCAGCGGCCACACCAUGAGCUCCGGCCAGCAGCCUCCGCGGAGGGUCACCAAUGUGGGCUCCCUGCUGCUCACCCCGCAGGAGAACGAGUCGCUCUUCUCCUUCCUCGGCAAGAAAUGUGUGACUAUGUCGUCGGCGGUGGUGCAGUUAUAUGCAGCUGACCGGAACUGCAUGUGGUCAAAGAAGUGCAGUGGCGUUGCUUGUCUUGUUAAGGACAAUCCUCAGAGAUCAUAUUUUUUAAGAAUAUUUGACAUUAAGGAUGGGAAAUUACUGUGGGAACAAGAGCUAUACAAUAACUUUGUAUAUAAUAGUCCUAGAGGAUAUUUUCAUACCUUUGCUGGAGAUACUUGUCAAGUUGCUCUUAAUUUUGCCAAUGAAGAAGAAGCAAAAAAAUUCCGAAAAGCAGUUACAGACCUGCUGGGCCGACGACAGCGGAAGUCUGAAAAAAGACGAGAUGGUCAAAAUGGUCCCAAUCUACCCAUGGCUACAGUUGACAUAAAAAAUCCAGAAAUCACAACAAAUAGGUUUUAUGGUUCACAAGUCAACAACAUCUCCCACACCAAAGAAAAGAAGAAAGGAAAAGCUAAAAAGAAGAGAUUAACCAAGGCAGACAUUGGAACGCCAAGUAAUUUCCAGCACAUUGGACAUGUUGGAUGGGAUCCAAACACGGGUUUUGAUCUAAAUAAUUUGGAUCCAGAAUUGAAGAAUCUUUUUGAUAUGUGUGGGAUCUCUGAGGCUCAGCUUAAAGACAGAGAAACAUCAAAAGUUAUUUAUGACUUUAUAGAAAAAACAGGAGGUGUAGAAGCUGUUAAAAAUGAGCUCCGAAGGCAAGCACCACCACCUCCUCCACCCUCAAGGGGAGGGCCUCCGCCGCCUCCUCCCCCUCCUCAUAGCUCAGGCCCUCCUCCCCCCCCUGCCCGUGGAAGAGGGGCUCCUCCCCCACCCCCUUCAAGAGCUCCCACUGCUGCACCUCCACCCCCACCUCCUUCCAGGCCGGGUGCUGCGGUUCCUCCACCCCCUCCAAACAGGAUGUACCCUCCUCCACCCCCUGCGCUGCCCUCUUCCGCACCUUCAGGCCCACCACCACCUCCACCUCUGUGUGUGCCAGGGUCCACAGCACCACCACCUCCUCCUCCACCGCCACCUCCCCCAGGGCCGCCACCUCCCCCUGGCCUCCCUUCGGAUGGUGAACAUCAAGUGCCAGCUCCUUCAGGAAACAAAGCGGCCCUUUUGGAUCAAAUUAGAGAGGGUGCUCAGCUAAAGAAGGUGGAGCAGAAUAGCCGGCCGGUGUCCUGCUCAGGGAGGGAUGCGCUGUUAGACCAGAUCCGACAGGGCAUUCAGCUGAAAUCUGUGUCUGAUGGCCAAGAGUCCACACCACCAACCCCUGCACCCACUUCAGGAAUUGUGGGUGCACUGAUGGAAGUCAUGCAGAAAAGGAGCAAAGCCAUUCAUUCCUCAGAUGAAGAUGAAGAUGAUGAUGAAGAAGAAGAUUUUGAGGAUGAUGAUGAGUGGGAAGACUAAUCUAUAUAUUAUAUAUAUAUUUUUAAGGUGAAAUACUAAACACUACUUUCUGUCUAUUGAUCUGUAAAAUUAUCAUGUAAAUGUUCUACCAAUUUGCUGUAUAUUUUUGUUGCCUUUUUUGCUUUUUUUUUUUAAAUUAAUCUGUGCAAUACCUCAUUUAAUCUGUAAAGGUUUGUUAUAAUUCUAUACAAAGCUACUCCCUGUUACUGUGUGCAAGUUUACAGCAGGAUGCUCACGUGAUUUGUGAAUAUUUUGAUUCCAUCAACAAGGGAGUUUAAUUAUGUGUGAGACUGACACAAACCUUAAUGUAAUUUAGUUAGAAUGCCAGAAGGAGAACACUAUUUUCAUACCCUACUUUUUCUGUACCUAAAUUUUCUUAAUAAAAUUUAGUAUAGCACUACAUUCUUUUUCAAGUGAUGUAAGCUUUAGUUUCUUUAUCCCUUCCUUUUGAAUAUGACGCCACAUAUGAAUGUUGGAGCUGAUACAUUGCACAAUUCUCUAGACACCACUACACUGACGCAGUUUUUCAAAUACUGCUCAUAUGUUUUGCUUAGACUCACUACAGAGACACUAGUGAGGAGAAACAG